CAAAGCCAACCAAUCCGCUCUCGCGUUGUUGGUUGCUUGGCUGCUUCGCCGGGUCAGGUUGCAAGUCUUGUUAGGGGGAAAAGCGUCUUUCCGAGGCAGCGUCGGAGCAGCCGAGCCAUGAACCCUGGGGACCGUGUCGAGACGGGGGAGACGGAGAGCCUCCAGGGGAGGCUGUGUGUGCCCAUUCCGAGAGAGGCGCCUUGCAAGCAGGUGCAGGAGAAGCUGUCCGGGGUGGUUAAAAACGUCCACAGGAAACUGCGCAGGAAAUACAGAGAGGUGGGCGACUUCGACAAGAUCUGGCGCGAGCACUGCGAGGACGAGCAGACGCUUAGCGAGUACGCCGUCGCCAUGAAGAAUCUCGCCGACAACCACUGGACCAAAAAGUGCGAAGGAGAGGGCCGAAUCGAGUGGUGCCGCAGUGUCUGUCAAGAAUAUUUCUUGGACGGCGGAAUGAAGCGGAUGUUAGGAAAGGAUGAAAAGAGUGCUGCACAUGCCUUGGGUCUGAGUGGCCAAGCACACAGUGCCAUCCACAGUUCAAUAUCUCAGCUGGGAAAGAUUCGUCUUCUGGACGUCGGAAGCUGCUUCAACCCUUUCCUGAAGUUCGAUGACUUUCUGACCGUUGGUAUCGACAUAGUGCCAGCAGUCGAGAGCGUCUACAAAUGCGACUUCCUCAACCUGCAGCUCCAGCAGCCCCUCCAGCUGGCGGGCGACGCCGUCGACGCCUUCCUGCGCCACCUCCGCAGCCCCAUCGACGCGCUGCCAGCGCAGCUGUUCCACGUGGUCGUCUUCUCGCUGCUUCUCUCCUACUUCCCCUCGCCGUACCAGCGCUGGAUCUGCUGCAAGAAGGCCCACGAACUGCUGGAGCUGCACGGCCUGCUGCUCAUCAUCACGCCCGACUCGUCCCACCAGAACCGCCACGCCCUCAUGAUGCGCAGCUGGCGGGUGGCGGUGGAGUCGCUGGGCUUCAAGCGCUACAAGUACGUCAAGUACUCCCACAUGCACCUCAUCGCCUUCCGGAAGGCGUCCCUGGCCACCACCAGCGACUUGGUGUCCCGCAACUACCCAGAGAUGCUCUACAUCCCGCAGGACUUCAACUCCAACGAGGAGGAGGAGGAGUGCGGCGCCGCGUUGCCGCCGCAGGGGCUUCGCUCCGACUUCGAGGACGACCAGCUGGCUUGGGGCUUCGCCGAGCUGCCGGACGCGCCAUACGACUCCGACUCCGGCGAGAGCCAGAGCAGCUCGGUUCCGGGAUUUCACGAGUUCGAGGAUCCCAUCUUACUUCAGAGUUAGGCAGAACUAGCACUUCUCCCCCCUCCUCCCCACCGCUGACCCCUCCUGACCUCCCGACUCCCCCAACGGCCUUUCUCUGCCUGUCUUCUUCCCUUCGGCUACGGCGUUGCCAAAUCUAAACCUGCUGCAUUCUCCUCUCAUUUCCCCAACCCUUCUACUGAAACAUAAUGCAGUUUGCACAGUGGGAAAGAGAGUUUACAGAUUAUUUUCACAUAUCCACACACACACACACACGCAGACACUAAGAAUUAUAUAUUUUGAUUUUUAAAAAAAGCUUUUAUAAGAGUUUGAAUGCCCUGAAGAUAGCCCAGCUCCUUACCCCUUGUUUUUAACGUCCAUCUCUACCAAUCAGCUCUCAGCAAUUACAAUUCAGCCCGUUUACAUUCUGCACUUGGUCUCUAUUUCAAUAAGCUAGUGUUGCAGGCUGCUUGUAUUAAAGCCAAAAAAACUCAGCAACUCCUGUAGUCUGACAGAAGCUUGAUUUUUUGCACUGAAGAGACUGGGAAGGAACGCUUGCUACUGUCACAGUUCAGCUCAGCCGUUGGUUUUCCCAACCUAAAGGAAAAAAAAAAGCCCAGAUCUUGACUAAAAAUCCGUGUUGUCCAGUGUAAAGUGUGGUGACACCAUUUUUAAUCCAAGAUCUUCUGAAUUAUUUCUGUGUCUUUUACAAUACCCUUCUAAUUGUAGCAUUUCAGACACUUUUAGUGUUACUUUCCUUGGGUGAAUAUGUGACUGUUGUCAAACAAGGUACGACUUCUAGGUAUUGCACUCGCCGCCUCCUCUUAUCUUUGUGUCAGAAUGUUAACUCUGUGUUAUGUCUUUGUUCCUUUCCUUUAAUUUGCUGGGGAAAAAAAGAUAUUCCAGCAUCGCACAUCUGUGAUUUUAAUCCGACUUAUCUGGAAUAUCAAUGUGAAAAGGGUUGCCUAAAUUAUCCAAACCUAAGCUCCUUGUUUUCUCUUUACGAGUCAAGAGAUUUGCACAUAUGGGAACAAAACCGUUGGUACCCUUCCUAAGAUUUGU